AUGGCUUCUUUUCUCAAAAAUACUUUUACUAUCACCUUCUACUUCAUACUCCUUUCAUCCCUUUCAAAUCCCUCUCAUGGAAUUUUCUCCGAGGAGCUUUCAGAAGCCAUAUCAAUGAAAAGAAUGGAGAAAACAACCCGGCUCCAUUUCUUCUUCCACGACAUCCACAGUGGCAAAACCCCAUCAGCAAUCAAAAUCGCCGGAACCUCAGAUCCAGGCUUCUUUGGCGACACAUAUAUGAUGGAUAAUGCUUUGACAGAAGGCCAAGAUGCGUCAUCAAAGGUGGUCGGAAAGGCGCAAGGAAUGUAUGCAUUUGCAGCCAAGAAAGAACUGUCAUUGCUGAUGGUGUUGAACUACGAGUUCACCCAAGGAGACUUCAAUGGGAGUAGUAUCAGUGUCCUUGGCCGGAAUCCGGUGAUGAUGGACGUCAGGGAGAUGCCGAUUGUCGGAGGCAGUGGGCGGUUUCGGUAUGCCACUGGGUAUGCGUUGGCGCAUACGGUUUGGUUUGAUUCCAAGACCGGGGAUGCCAUCGUGGAAUACAAUGUGUAA